CAGCUACUACCCACUGGCCACUGCACUAGCCGUCUGCGGAGCCGAGUGUUCCUUUCUAGCCUUCACUUCUCAGCACGGCAGCCUUCGACCCCCGACUGCAGCCGCCAGCCGCGCCAUGGAGCAAGCCGCCAUGCCGCAGGUUCCCCGCGUCAAGCUCGGCAUCCAGGGGCUUGAGGUGUCGAAGCUGGGGUUCGGGUGCAUGGGGCUCACGGGCACCUACAACGCGCCGCUCGGCGACGAGGCCGUGGCCGCCGUCGUCGCGCACGCCUUCCGCCGCGGGAUCACCUUCUUCGACACCUCCGAUGCCUACGGGCCCCGCACCAACGAGACCCUCCUGGGGAAGGCGCUCAAGCAGCUGCCGAGGGAGCAGGUGCAGGUGGCCACCAAGUUCGGGAUAGGUCAGGGCGCCGCUGGCAUGACCGUGUGCGGCACGCCCGAGUACGUACGCGCCUGCUGCGAGGCCAGCCUGCGCCGCCUCGACGCCGGCUACAUCGACCUCUACUACCAGCACCGCGUCGACACCACCGUCCCCAUCGAGGAUACGAUUGGUGAGCUCAAGAAGUUGGUGGAGGAGGGGAAGGUCAAGUACAUCGGCUUGUCAGAGGCCAGCCCAGACACAAUCCGCCGUGCGCACGCCGUGCAUCCCAUCACCGCCGUGCAGAUGGAGUGGUCGCUCUGGUCCCGAGACAUCGAGCCCGAGAUCGUGCCACUCUGCAGAGAAUUGGGGAUUGGAAUUGUGGCUUACAGUCCAAUUGGCCGUGGAUUUUUUGGUGGAAGAGGAGUGAUACAGCAAGUUUCUUCUGAAUCUAGUCUGCAAAGGCAUCCAAGAUUUACAACAGAAAGCUUGGAGAAGAACAAGCAGAUUUACCUGAAAAUAGAAGAUUUGGCGAAGAAGUACCAGUGCAGCCCAGCUCAGCUAGCUCUAGCCUGGGUUCUGCGUCAAGGGGAUGAUGUGGUUCCUAUACCAGGGACAACAAAAACGAAGAACCUAGAUGCCAACGUUGACUCCUUGAAGGUGAAGCUCACAGCUGAGGACCUGAAGGAAAUUGGCAGCCAGAUACGUGCAGAAGAUGUGGCUGGUGGAAGACAAUACAAUUCCUAUGCACAUACCUCCUGGAAGUACGCAGAUACACCAAAAAAGUGAAGUUCUGGUCCUGGAAACCUUGUAGCAAUCACAGGCGUAUGCAAAUGUUGAACUAUUUCCCUGCAUUUGAGCCGGAAUCGUACGAUGAUGCAUCUUGUGAACAUGCGGCACUAAUAAAUCGAGACGAAGAAUAAUGUGUUUUCCAUC